GAAUAAUAUUCCAAGUGUUGAUCAGCUUAGAGACAUGCUUGAUGAUGCCAUAGGGCUUGAUUUUUUUAAUAAUGAAAAUAGUGCUACUGUUGUAGAAGAUGUAGUGCAAUUUGGUUGUGGUUUUGAGGAUGCAUCUAGUGGUGAUGAGUCAACAUUUGAAGAGCUAAGAGGAGAUGCAAAAAAAUUCUUUGAUCUCCUACAAGCAGCUGAGACACCUCUUUUUGAUGGGUGGGAUGAUGGUGUCACCAUUUUAAAGAAGUCAUUUAGAUUGAGUACUUUGGAUCAAUCCAUCGACAAGCAGUUGUUUUAUUCAAAUGUGACUGGUAUGAGAUUCCUCCAGCUCAUGGGUCAAGCUAGCCAGGUGUAUUACACUCCAUACCCAUCUAUUAAUCAUCAAAGAAGGGGAUCGGUUGCUGCCCUUAAAAUUAGGACCAGGAGUAUCAUUGAGGCUCCACAGAAUGAGGUUAGCCAUGAAGAAGGAUUAGCACCAUAUUAUCAAGAUGAUGACCCUCAUAUUCCUCACCCAAUAAAUAUUUAUGAGAUAAAUUAUGAACCUGUACAGUAUUAUGAUGGAACACUUGUUGAAGUACAUGAAGAAGUAGAUGAUGGGGAAGAGAUUGGAGAAGAGGAUGAUGAGGGGGAGUGGGAAGACUUUGAAACGUCUGAUGAAGAAAACAUGGAAGCUUAUAUUUCUGAAAAUGAUUGUAGCGAUGAUUCUAGUAGUCCAGAUGAUACAGAACGAGCACCACAUCGAAAGAAGGGACAAGGAAAGGCAAAACCAAUGAAAAUGCCAACAGAUGGCAGUAAAAUUCCAUUGGUGCUUGAUGAUGGGGGUAAUAUCUGGCAAGAUAUUAGACGGAAGAUUGUUGUGCAGUUAAAGGAUAAUCUUCCAGAUGUUUAUACUAUGUGGGGAUUCGUUCUAGAAGAGUAUCGAGAUUAUUAUUGGAAUGAGUUUUGCGAUGAAGACCAUAUUAGACGAUCUAAUGCUGCAAAGGCAAAUCAGGCCAAAGGCCCAAAGGAAAAAUUAGCAUCUGAGUAUGCAACUAGGGAAUGGGAAGAAGGAUUUGACCCAACACAAAUCCAUGGUGACCAAUUAAUGAGAGCAAUUGGUGGGAUGAAAAGGGGAUGGUUAAAAGGUCUUGAUAUCCACACCCAUCCACAUGAUGGGACUCAAGCUGAGCUACAAGGGACUAAAGCUGAGCUGCAGGCAUCCCGAGUUGAGUUUGAGGCACCUAGAGCUAAGUUUGCUGUUAUGCAAGCAUCAAAUAUGUCUUUAGCUGAAAAUUUAUAAUUUUUGUACCAACAGCUUGGCAUGACACCUCCCUCUAGCAGUGGCGCUACUACUCCUAGGACACCACAUUUAUAGGCCUCAUAAAUAAGAUGUUAAACUUAUA